CGGAGGUUUCGGUUGAACUAUUCUGGUUUAGCUUUGCCUUCGUCUUUCAAAGUAAAGCAAGCGUAUGUAGGUCAAUAUAUGAAACAGUUUCUACUGGUUAUGUUACAAGAUGUAACUUAACUUUGAUUGUGAUUGUAUCGUAAAGAAUAUGGCCGAGGGUUACGACACAACUCGCUUUCAUUCAACUAUUGACGAGAGUUUUCUUUGCUGUAUCUGUCUCGGUGUCUUACAAGAUCCACAGCAAUGUGAGAACAACGAGCACUAUUUCUGUUCUGGUUGUAUCAAGAAACACCUGGAGAAGACCUCGCAUAGUUGUCCUGUCUGUCAAGAUAAACUGACGGUAGAGACAUUGCGUAAGGCUCCAAGAAUUGUGGCCUACUGUGUUUCCCGUUACAAGAUCAGUUGUGACCAUGCAGCGAGAGGUUGUGAUGCGGUUCUCGAGCUUGGAGCUCUACAAGCACACGUUCAGGACUGUGAUUUCAUGCCUGUCACUUGCUCAAAUGAAGGUUGUGACGAUGUCGUGAGCAAACGCGAUGUAAAGCAACACGAGCUUGAUUUAUGUCGCUUCAAGACAACGACCUGUGACGACUGUGGGAAAAAGAUGCCUCGUUAUAAAUAUGGCGCCCAUGGCUGCGUACUACGACGUGAAAUGAACGAAGUAAAGCAGGGUCUAGUAGAAAUUAAAGCCACACAAGACGAAAUGAUGAAAGAAAUGAGAAAUGGCAUGCACCGAAUGACGAUUGCGUUUGAAAAUCUUCAAAAGUCGGUAAACUCCAAGAGUACUGACAUCGUUGUCAUCGCAGGUAGGAAUCCCAAUACAAAUCAGUCCCUUUGUUCUGUUGAGCGAUUUAACUUGUUAACCCAAACCUGGACACAAAUGCCUGGGUUGAAAAAAGCUCGAGCGGGUUCUGCGGCUGUAAUGUUUAAGAAUCAAAUGUUUGUUUGUGGCGGGUACAGCGACUAUGUAAUUGGUGGGUAUCUGGAUACCAUAGAAAUAUUGGAUCUGAAUAGUAUUCCUGCAGAAUGGCACAAGUUUUUUGUCAAUCUUCCUAUCAAGGUCACUGGUCACAAGUGCGUCGUCCAUGGGAAUCGUUUGCUGAUUAUUGGUGGCUGCAUGAAGUCAGAAGAGAACUUGGAUACGAUAUACGAGCUUCUCCUUGUUCCUCCAUAUUCGUCUAAGUUGCUUUGUCACAUGAAGAAGAAACGAUUGUCUCAUGGAGUGGAGUUGUUCUACGAUAAGGUUUUAAUCGCUGGUGGAAUCGGAGCGGAAAUCGAUGUGGAAAUAUUCGACAUAGCAAGAAAUGAAUGUGUUGAAAUGCCACCACUGCCGUCUCCUCUUUCGUUUAUGGGCACAGUUCGCCGUGGUGACACCAUGCUUUUGAUUGGAGGCCGGGGGAAUGGAAAAACCAGCAAUAAGAUUAUCGAGUACGAUUUCAAAACUGGCCACAGUAAGGUCCUAUUGGCCAUGGAAACGGAACGAGUUGGUUGUUCGUGUGUUUUUCGUGGAAACACGCUUAUUGUAAUUGGUGGUACGUGGUACAAGCCUGAAACAGUGGAUUGUUUCGACUUUUUAACAAAUUUUUGGGAGAAGUUACCCUCGAUGACUCAGACAAAGGUAUCUGCUUCCACAGUUGUUGUGAAUGUGGAAAAUUUGGAAUUUUGACAGUUGUUAAUGAUUACUGACAUAUUAUUAGUAAUCUAAUUAUAUAUACAACCUUUUAUAGACAUAACUAAUGUUGACGAAGACUGUAAGAACAGCAAAUGGAACAAUGGUUGUCGCUUAACUUUGUUAAACAGGCCUAGCUUUUUGUCAAUAUAUUCGGUAACCAAGUCAUAGUAAUUCUGUAUAAAAAAUGCUCAGAAAAUUAUCCAGUUUUGCUGCAAGCAUGUGAAAUCAACGACAUACUUUGACAUCGUCAGUCAAGUACUCAACUACACACGUAAAAAUCUCACAUCUUGUAGUAUGUUUGCCAACAAGCCGUCAACAAGUUAUGUUCGCACUGCUUGUCCCAAGUUCUCAACAAGUUCGGAACAAGCUGUGAACAACUUGUAACAACCUUGUUGAUAUUAUCAGACUUGUUACAAGGUUGUGCCAACAAGUCCGAUACAGUCAUGAUAUAACAAUAUUGUUACAACUUUGUGUCGUCCACCUUGUUAAAUUUUUGCUAUAUCAUGAAUCUAUCAGACUUGUCAGAACAACUUUGGUACAAAUCUGAUAAUGCC